UGAUUUAAUUCUCAUCUACUUGAUUCUCCAUGCAUCUUAAUUUCUUGAAAACUUUAUCAAACUCAUCUAAUUAAUUAUAUUUAUUGUGGUGCUAAUUUGAUUAUAUAUAUUGAUAAUGAUAAAAACAUAAUUAAAAUUCUCAAUAUUUAUGGUUGGUCAUGUUGACUUCAAUUAGGAUUUAUUGACUUGGCUUCCUUCGUGCUUUAUUAAUCGUUUUUGAAAUUGUGGAUUUUAGUCUAUGAAGCACGGACAUGGACACCGGACAUGACAUGGACACUGACACGCCGACACAGCUAAUAAUUUGAAAAAAUCACAUAAUUCAUGGUAAUAACAAGUGUCGGUGUCGUGUCGGUGUCGACACCGGGACACGCCUAAUCCAAGGAGUGUCUGUGCUUCAUAGAUUUUAGUUGUCUUGUCCUCUGUUGUUUUUUAAACGCUUUCAUGAUGAUUAUUGAAAAUAUGUGGUUUGAAUUUUUUUGCGAUAUAACAAGUGACUGGAGUUUUAUCUUGAGCUUGAAGAAUCAAAAGCGUGAAAUCAUGUUGAUUUCCACGGCUCGAUAUUUUUUAUUGAAUGUGGUAAAUAUGUUGCCUGAUAAGCAAAUCUGUAGUGAAACAUGUUAGCAUAUAGAAUGAAGGGAAGUUGGAGUAGUUACGAUGAAAUAAGGUAGUUAGUUAGAGGGAAGGAGGCAUGUGCUUUUGUGGUGCGUAUGUUGCACUACAUACGCACCACAAAAGCACAUGCCUCGAAUGGAAUUUUUUUUACGGGGUGUCUUUAGGUACAGAAGAAUUGAGCUGAAUGUGGGUUCUCAAGUCGCGGUUGCUAAUUUGCGUAAUAAUAAGAAAGGCAGCGUUUCUGGGAUGAGGUUGAUUCAAAACAUUAGAAGGUUGCGUCAAAUGGAUUAUAAGAUGAAGAGAACAUUGAACUCACUUCAACAAGUAAUCAAGGCUCUUCUUUCUUCUUCCACCACUCUCCGCCGCAUCCUCUCCCACCACCAUCACCACUGCCACACGCCGCCUUACUCAUCACCUCACCCCCAAUCCAACAAAAGUGGAAAACAGAAUUGAAGAGGAAAAACGGGAAAGGGAAAUUGAAAUUGAAGGAUGAACUGCUGAUCUCAUCCGCUUUUAUCUUUGCCGAAAGAAAAGUCCCUGAAACCAGAAGAUAUUCACAAUUCGUCAGCAUAUUAUCUAAUCUUCUUGUAGAAAAUGGCUGCCGAAGAUGAUAAGGAUCUUAUUGAAAUCGUUGAAAACUUGAACUCAAUCGAUGUUGCUAAAUAUAUGAAUUUUGUCAGUGCCCCACAAGCUGGUGCUGUAGCUACAUUUUCAGGCACCACUCGUGACACUUUUGACGGAAAAACAGUUGUGGAGUUGAUAUACGAAGCUUACAUUCCAAUGGCAAUACGUUGUAUCAAGUCCGUCUGUUCAUCUGCUAGAGAAUCCUGGAAUCUACAUUCCGUUGCUGUUGCUCACCGGCUAGGUACAGUACCUGUUGGAGGAACGAGUGUCUUCAUUGCAGUGUCAUCUGUCCACAGGGCUGAUGCGCUUGAGGCAUGUAGAUAUUUGAUAGAUGAGAUAAAAGCAACAGUUCCUAUUUGGAAAAAAGAGGUUUAUUCAAAUGGCGAGGUCUGGAAAGAGAACACCGAAUUCUUGGAGAAAAGGUCUGAGCUUGGUAAAAAGGAUGUAGUUGCAGAUUGCUCUGUGAAAAAGUCAGAAAUUAAGGAAGAAAAAAACCUCUAAGGUAGAAAAAAACCAACUUCAUUCGAGACUAUACGGCUCAUGAACUUUACCUCAAACUCAGAUCGGCACCAAUGGCAGAAAAGUUGGGUAGAAUAUGCAUAUUGUGAUAGCAAUAUGUGGGAACUUCAUGAUGCUACCAAUAUGCAUUAAGUGUCAAGAAAAUCUCUUAUUCCUUUUGACUGUUUUGAGUGCCAAUGUUAUUUAAAUGACUAAAGAUCACUUACCAAUGCCAUGUAAAUGACAUCCUUAAAGAAUAAAAUAUUCUUUCAAUUUCAUGAUCAA